UGUGGUUUUAGACAUGUAGCGAGAUUGAAUUUCCGAUUGAUUUUUAUCAAUAUUGGGAUCAAUUUCUCGUUUGCGUUUUUGGGAUUUUGAUUUUCUUAGAGUUUUGCUUAUUUGACAAAUUAAACCUUUUUUUUUUUUGUGGGACGAACACUAGUUUCAUUCAGUUACUGGAUUCUGGGGAUUAGUUUUGUUCAAUAUUUUGGUAAUUAAUCCGAAUCCUUUGAUAUUUUUUGUUGAAACAGCUCCCUAAUUGUGUCAGACCAGACAAGUGAUUAGAUGAUACAGGUUUAAAUGGGUAAGAAGAAGUCGGACGAGGGUGCUCCUACCACGAAGGUGAAGCCAAGUGGUAAAGAUUCUAAAAAAGAGAAAGUAUCAGUCUCGGCCAUGCUUGCAGGCAUGGAUCAGAAAGAUGAGAAACCCAAGAAGGCCUCAUCAUCUAGAACCAAGGCUGCUCCAAAAGCUACAUCCUACACUGAUGGCAUAGAUCUUCCUCCUUCUGAUGAAGAAGACGAAGGUGAAUCUGAUGAGGAGCAGAGACUCAAGGAUGAAAGGAGGAAGCAGAAGAGCGAACAAAGGCACCUUGAUAUCUCUGUGACUGAUAAGGAACAAAAGAAACGAGAGAUGAAAGAAAGAGUAGCCCUCCAAGCUGCAGAGAUGGCUAAGAGGGAAGCCUUGAAGGAUGACCAUGAUGCAUUCACGGUUGUUAUUGGAAGUAAGACCUCAGUGCUUGAAGGAGACGACACAGCGGAUGCAAAUGUUAAAGAUAUUACAAUCGAUUCUUUUUCUGUCUCUGCUCGGGGUAAAGAGCUUUUGAAGAAUGCUUCGGUCAAGAUAUCACAUGGUAAAAGGUAUGGGUUGGUCGGGCCAAAUGGGAUGGGAAAGUCUACACUGUUAAAGCUUUUAGCUUGGAGGAAGAUUCCAGUGCCGAAGAAUAUUGAUGUUCUUCUUGUUGAGCAAGAGGUGGUCGGGGAUGAAAAUAGUGCUCUGAAUGCAGUUGUAUCUGCUAAUGAAGAGUUGGUUAAGCUACGGGAAGAGGCUGAAGCUCUGCAGAAUUCGUCAUCUGGAGCUGACGGAGAAAAUGUUGAUGGCGAGGGUGAUGAUGAUGAUACUGGAGAAAAGCUUGCUGAAUUGUACGACAGGCUGCAAAUUUUGGGGUCAGAUGCUGCUGAAGCACAAGCAUCCAAAAUUCUUGCGGGGUUAGGUUUCUCUAAAGAUAUGCAAGUGCGUCCUACUCAGUCUUUCAGUGGUGGCUGGAGGAUGCGAAUAUCGUUAGCUAGAGCUCUGUUUGUGCAACCUACUCUUUUGCUGCUAGAUGAACCCACUAACCAUCUUGACCUGAGAGCUGUUCUAUGGUUAGAGGAGUAUUUGUGUCGCUGGAAGAAGACAUUAGUUGUUGUCUCACAUGACCGGGACUUCCUCAACACAGUCUGCACGGAUAUAAUACAUCUUCAUGACCAGAAUCUUCACUUCUAUCGUGGUAAUUUUGAUGGUUUUGAAAGCGGAUAUGAGCAGCGUCGCAAGGAGAUGAAUAAAAAAUUUGAUGUCUACGAGAAACAGAUUAAAGCAGCUAAGAGGACUGGAAACCGAGCUCAACAGGAGAAGGUAAAGGACAGGGCCAAGUUUACUGCAGCAAAAGAAGCAUCAAAGAGUAAGGGAAAGGGUAAGGCACUGGAUGAAGAAGGCCCAGCACCAGAAGCUCCAAGGAAGUGGAGAGAUUAUAGUGUGGUCUUCCACUUUCCAGAACCAACCGAGCUCACUCCUCCGCUUCUGCAGUUAAUUGAGGUUAGCUUCAGCUACCCCAACAGGCCAGAUUUCAGGCUCUCGAAUGUUGAUGUAGGUAUCGAUAUGGGGACAAGGGUUGCUAUUGUUGGGCCUAACGGAGCAGGAAAGUCCACUCUAUUAAAUCUUCUUGCGGGAGAUUUAGUUCCAACCGAGGGUGAAAUGAGAAGAAGCCAGAAGCUGAGGAUUGGCAGGUAUUCGCAGCAUUUUAUUGACCUGUUAACGAUGGGGGAAACACCGGUUCAGUAUCUUCUUCGCCUUCAUCCUGACCAAGAGGGGUUUAGCAAGCAAGAGGCGGUGCGAGCGAAGCUAGGCAAGUUUGGGCUACCAAGUCACAAUCACUUAUCUCCAAUUGCGAAAUUGUCUGGAGGACAAAAGGCUAGAGUUGUGUUCACCUCGAUCUCAAUGUCAAAGCCACACAUAUUGCUUCUGGACGAGCCUACAAAUCACUUAGACAUGCAGAGUAUAGAUGCUUUGGCGGAUGCACUAGAUGAGUUCACAGGUGGAGUUGUGUUGGUAAGUCAUGACUCGAGACUCAUAUCGCGUGUCUGUGCGGAAGAGGAGAAUAGUCAAAUCUGGGUUGUAGAAGACGGAACGGUGAAUUUCUUCCCAGGUUCAUUUGACGAGUACAAAGAAGAUCUCCAAAGAGAAAUCAAAGCAGAGGUUGAUGAGUGAAGUAUUGUUGUUGGCUUAUGAGGUAAUCUCAAGCUCCUUUAUGUUUUUUAUAAGACACUCGAAAAAGUUUUGGACAAUUUUAUUUAAGCCAUUGUGUUUUUAUCAUCUGUGCGUUAGUUACAUGACACUAUAUACAUCGGUCUCCCCUUAUUACAUGUCUCAGUGUAGUGUUAUGUUUUAUUGUUUUGGGGAAGAAAACAGAGGACAUGUUUCAUUCUUUUUCAUCAGUGUGUUUAAUUAGAGUCGUAAUAAACAGCAAAGUUUGAAAUUUUGUUUAAUAUGACUCUUGUUUA